AUGGGGAAAUCUUUUAUAUGUUUGGAUUAUUUUAAGUAUCUAAAUCAUCAAAUCACUUUCUUAGUUUAGGCUAUAUAAACUCUUAAGUUACUCCAUUCUCAAACACACAAGGAAAAACAAACAAACAAAAAAAUCACCUAGCCUAAUUAUAAUCCAAAUAUUCUCAAUGGUUAGCCAAAUGAAGAAGCAAUGGCCUCAAUUUGCUUUUGCUUUGGUUUUUUUCUUGAUUGCAACUUGUACUAGGGCAUACUCACCUUAUUCUUAUGAGUCAAAAGAUUCAACAUACAAUAAAGUACCCUCAGUGCCAGAAAAGGCAUAUAAGGCGUCAUCUUUGCCAAAGAAUGACUACUAUAAGAAGUCAUCAGUUCCGGAAGAUACCUAUAAGAAGGUGACAUCUGUUUCGAAGGAACAUGAAUAUGAGGUGCCAUCUUUGCCAAAGAAUGAUGACUACAAGAAGCCAUCAGUUCCAGAAGAUACCUACAAGAAGGUGCCAUCUGAGGUGCCAUCUUUGUCAAAGAAUGAUGACUACAAGAAGCCAUCAGUUCCAGAAGAUACCUACAAGAAGGUGCCAUCUGUUCCAAAGGAACAUGAAUAUGAGGUGUCAUCUUUGCCAAAGAAUGAUGACUACAAGAAGCAAUCAGUUCCAAAAGAUACGCCAAAGAAUGACUACUACAAGAAGCCACCAGUUCCAAAAGAUACACCAAAGAAUGACUACUACAAGAAGCCAUCAGUUCCAGAAGAUACGCCAAAGAAUGACUACUACAAGAAGCCAUCAGUUUCGGAAGAUACACCAAAGAAUGACUACUACAAGAAGCCAUCAGUUCAAGAAGAUACGCCAAAGAAUGACUACUACAAGAAGCCAUCAGUUUCAGAAGAUACGCCAAAGAAUGACUACUACAAGAAGCCACCAGUUCCAGAAGAUACGCCAAAGAAUGACUACUACAAGAAGCCAUCAGUUCCAGAAGAUACGCCAAAGAAUGACUACUACAAGAAGCCAUCAAUUCCAGAAGAUACCUAUAAGAAGGUCCCAUCUGUUCCAUUGGAACAUGAAUAUGAGGUGCUAUCUUUGCCAAAGAAUGGCUACUACAAGAAGCCUUCAGUUCCAGAAGAUAACUACAAAAAGGUUCCAUAUGUUCCAAAGAUACCCUCAGUGCCUAAAGAAGAAUACAAGGUGCCUUCUUUGCCAAAGAAUGACUACUACAAAAAGCCAUCAAUACCAGAAGACAACUACAAGAAGGUUCCAAAGGUACCCUCCGCUCCUAAACAUGAAUACGAGGAGCCCUCUUUGCCAAAGAAUGACUACUACAAGAAACCAUCAGUUCCAGAAGACAAUUACAAGAAGGUGCCAUAUGUUCCGAAGGUGCCAUCAGUACCUAAACCGGAAUACAAGGUGCCAUCUUUCCCAAAGAACGACUACUAUAAGAAACCAUCUCCUAGUUCUCCGCCACCGCCUUACUACACUAAUUCACCCCCUCCUCUUUCACCAUCACCACCACCUCCUUACUAUUAUCAAUCAUCUUCAACUCCUUCUCCAUCACCACCACCUCCUUACUAUUAUCAAUCAUCUUCAACUCCUUCUCCAUCACCACCACCUCCAUAUUACUAAAUUUUCAUUUUACAUGUUCAACAUGUUUCAAGAAAGUCCUCCAUCUCAACAUAUAUAAACCAUAGGGUUCUCAUGUUGUGAGUCCAAGGGAUGAUAACCAAAAAUUUGUAAUUCUUUAUUUGUUGUUUUCUUUUCCUACUUUGGGUUUUGUUUUGUCAUUUAAAUGAUUGUAUUUUGAAUGUUUCCAGAGAUUUAUUUCAAUUGAAUACGAGUUCGUUUUACUGAAAUUUAAUA